AUGGCUGUGCGCGCCCAAUUCGAGAACUCCAACGAAGUUGGUGUCUUUUCCACCCUCACAAACUCAUAUGCCCUCGUCGCCAUCGGCGCGAGCGAGAACUUCUAUUCCGUCUUCGAGGCAGAGCUGCAGGAUGUCAUCCCCAUCUGCAGGACGACUAUUGCCGGCACCCGCAUCGUCGGCCGCCUGACGACUGGCCUGCCGGACGAGGUCAAGAUACAACGGAUCGAGGAGAGGCUAUCGGCGCUCGGCAACGUCAUCGUCGCAAACGACCACAUCGCCCUAGUCCACCCGGACCUGGAGCGCGAGACGGAGGAGAUCAUCGCCGACGUGCUCGGCGUCGAGGUGUUCCGGCAGACGGUGGCCGACAACGUCCUGGUGGGCUCCUACAUGGCCCUGUCAAAUCAGGGCGGCCUCGUGCACCCCAAGACGAGCAUCCAGGACCAGGACGAGCUGUCGAGCCUGCUGCAGGUGCCGCUGGUGGCCGGCUCGGUCAACCGCGGCAGCGCCGUCAUCGGCGGCGGCAUGGUGGUCAACGACUGGCUGGCGGUCACGGGCCUGGACACCACGGCCACGGAGCUCAGCGUCGUGGAGAGCGUCUUCAGGUUAGGAGAGGGCCAGGGCCCGAGCAACAUCAACACGACGAUGAAGGACACCAUGGUCGAGUCGUUCUACUGA